AUGACCGCCCGCGUCCACCGCCGCCGCCGAUACCGCUGGCCCGAACUCCAACUCAACAUCUGGAUCAUCAUCGUGCUAGCCGGCUCCGCAAUCUGCCUAGGCAUCUUCGCCUGGUUUAUGGCCGUGCAGUCGCAGCUCCGCUUGGGGACUCCAUGGCUCUUCCCCUACAUGGUCGUGAGCGGCAGCCUCGGCGUCUUCUUCAUCUUCCUAGUUCUCUUCCUCGCAGCGCAGCGCUUCCUCCUCCCCGGGAUCAUCAUCAUCGGGAGUUUUAUCCUCUUCGUGCUGUGGCUGACGGGCCUGAUCGAGACCUCGCUGCAGCUGUAUGGGGUUGUGGGGAACGUGAACGACAACUGUCAGAACUAUGUGGUCGAGAAUCCGUCCACGGGGAAUAAUAUCAAUACGUUGGCGUGGUUGACGCAGAGUACCAUCUGUAUUUGCUGGAAAACAGCGUUUGCGUUUGAGCUGGUCAAUACCAUCUUCUUUCUCUGGAUGAUGGUCAUGUCCUGGCAGGUUAAUCGCGAUGUAUAUGAUUGAUACGAAUGUUCCGAUGCUAUAUGAUUGAAUUAUGUUAUGUGAUAUACCUACUGGCUCUGCAUCAUGCAUGGAAGGCGUUCUUAUUUUCGGUUCCUUUUGACUCUGCAUUUUGUGUCUCCCUAUGUUCAUGUCAUUCUGUUGUAUCCUUAUAUGGCAAGACUAGCUAUCGUCCAAUAUACCUAUGCGACUCUCAACACCGGCUGGCUCAAUUGUGGCCCAGACUCAAACAUGAAGCAGCCCAAACGCCGUCGCUAUGCCCUGUCGCAUCGCAACCGCACAUAAUAUCAGUUUAGACAAGCAUCGAAGAGAAUUGCCGUAAUAUAC